UCUCUCUCUCAGACACACUACAGUAACGUCCAGCUGCAGUAUCUUUAUAUUCACUAUAUUACUACUAACUCUCCUAACAGUAACAUUAAUAAUAAUCAUCAUGGCGCAUUGGUGGAGUUUCUCCUCUGAGACUUGGGCUCUGAUCGUGAUCCUCAUCAGUCUCGUCCUGCUGUAUGGGUACUGGCCGUACAGUUUCUUUAAGCGUUUGGGAGUUCCUGGUCCUAAACCGGUACCAUUUUUUGGAACCAUGUUAGAAUAUCGUAAGGGAAUCCAUAAUUUUGAUAUGAGGUGUUUUCAGAAGUACGGCAAGAUUUGGGGUAUAUAUGACGCGAGACAGCCGGUCCUCUGUAUCAUGGACUCAGAGAUCAUCAAAUCUGUCCUGAUUAAAGAGUGUUACUCUCUGUUCACCAACCGCAGAAAUUUUCGCCUAAACGGUCCUCUGUACGACGCCGUGUCCAUCGUCGAGGACGAGGACUGGAGGAGAAUCAGGAGUGUUCUUUCUCCAUCGUUCACCAGCGGCAGACUGAAGGAGAUGUUUGGAAUCAUGAAGUCACAUUCACACUCGCUGGUUAAAAAUCUGCAGAAGGUGUCUGAGCGAGGAGAAUCAGCAGAUAUUAAAGAGUUUUUUGGAGCCUACAGUAUGGAUGUGGUGACGAGCACAGCGUUUAGUGUCGAUAUCGACUCCCUGAACAACCCCAAAGAUCCGUUCGUCACCAACAUCAAGAAAAUGCUGAAGUUCGACUUCCUCAACCCUCUGUUCCUCGCCGUCGCGCUGUUCCCCUUUAUCGCACCGGUGUUGGAGAAAAUGGAUUUCGCCUUUUUCCCGACUGCUGUGACGGAUUUCUUUUAUGCUGCCCUGAAAAAGAUCAAGUCUGAACGUGUGGCCCAGAAUAAUAAGAAACGAGUGGACUUCAUGCAGCUGAUGAUCGAUUCUCAAAAAUCAGACAAAAACGAGCUGAACAGCAAAGACACCAACAAAGGUCUAAGUGAUCAUGAGAUUCUGUCCCAGUCCAUGAUCUUCAUCUUUGCUGGUUAUGAGACGAGCAGCAGCACUCUGUCGUUUCUGUUCUACAAUCUGUCCAGUAAUCCGGAGACGAUGAAGAAACUCCAGAAAGAAAUCGAUGAAACCUUCCCUAAUAAGGCUGAAGUUGAUUAUGAUACAGUGAUGAACAUGGAUUAUUUGGAUGCCACAGUAAACGAGUCACUGAGGUUGUACCCGGUUGCUUUGCGCUUGGAAAGAGUCUGCAAGAAAACUGUUGAAAUAAAUGACCUUACCAUCCCAAAGGACACUGUAGUCUUGAUCCCCAUUUAUGCCUUACAUAGAGACCCUGAAUUUUGGCCUGAUCCAGAGACCUUCAACCCUGAGAGGUUCACUAAGGAGAACAAGGAGAGCAUCGAGCAGUAUGCAUACAUGCCGUUUGGUUUAGGACCCAGGAACUGCAUCGGCAUGAGAUUUGCCCUCGUGGCCAUGAAGCUGGCUAUUGUGGAGAUACUGCAGAGAUUCGACAUCAGUCUUUCUGAGGAGACAAAGGUUCCUCUGAAGCUGAACAACAGUGGCCUUCUGGCUCCUGAAGAGCCCAUCAAAAUCAUAUUCACACCUCGGAAAAUGUAGAAUUCCUGCAUGAGCAGCCACAUUAACACACAGGCUUUAAUAUGUUCUGCUACAGCAUUUUUACUUUUACAGCAUUUUUGAUUUCUGAAUGUUUUUUCUCCAGGGUGAUUCUUUGUUUAACAUUAAUGACUGUAAAGAUUAUAAAAUUUGUUCUGAAUAUCUUUUUUUCACUUUACAUAUUAAUAAAGGAAUUUGAAAAUCCUA